AUUGACUUUGGCAGCACGCGUCUGCAAGCGCUCCACCACUCGGCACACGGUCUGGACGGCGGGGGGAGCCAUGACCACGGCCAGUGAGCGGAACAAGAGACGGAGAUGUACCAUUUCCAGCGUAUGGAGAUUUAAGACCAGUUGCUACAGAUCAGCCAAGUUUCGUGGCCAUAGAGUUUCUCUAGCUCUCGUAGGCAUGGCUGUCGUUCUCGCCUUCCUCUGCCAGGCGCCAAUGGCGGAGGCUAGCUGCGUGUCGCCUUUGCUCGCACCCGCACCCGCAUGGCCACUUGCCGGCGACGCCUCGUUCGGCCCAUCGCCACUCGCGGUCAUGCCUGACAUACCGGCAUGUCUUCCAGAGCGAGAGGCUAUUGCUGUGGUGGCCACUACCAGCGCAGACGGCGUGACGGGCGUGCGGCUGGUUGAUAUCAACAACGACGGCGCGCUCGACGUCAUCUCCUACGAGGAGCUCGACGACUCCAUCUCGCUCUUCCUCAACCAGGGCAUGGGUGCUGGCCUCGCUCCGAGGGCUGUCAUUGGUCCGCCCUCGCCGCCUAUCGAGUACGAUCGCCCGCGGAGUGUGGCCUUUGGCGACAUUGACGGUGACUCGCUCGUCGACAUGGCCUCGGCGAGCCAGGUUGAUGACGCCGUCGGCUGGACCCGCAAUCUCGGGAGCGGAUUGUUUGGCUCGCGGAAUGUGGUCUCGCCUGCGGCUGACGGCGCGUCGGGCGUGGCGCUCGCGGAUUUGGAUGGCGAUGGAGAUCUCGACCUCGCCGCCUGCUCCGCCAACGACGACUCUGUCCGCUGGUGGAGGAACGUCGAUGGGAAGGGGAACUUUGUCUUUGUCCAGCUUGUCUCGGCGGCCACCGACGGCGCCGCUGACAUAGCCGCGGUGGAUGUGAAUGCUGAUGGCGACGUGGACCUUGUUGUUGUCUCGUCGAACGACAACAAGCUAGCCUGGUUCGCUAACAACGGCUCGUACUUUGGCACCGAGCGCAUCAUCUCGGCCACGCUCGCCAAACCGGUUGCCCUCGCGGUUGGCGACAUGAACGGCGACGGCGUGUUGGACCUUGUUGUUGCGUUUGAGAGCGCCAACACCGUCGCCUGGUUUGCCAACUCCCACCCGGCACCAGGCUCCUUCUCGUCGCCGCUCCCGAUCACUACCUCGGCGCUCUCGGUCCGUGGCGUCGCUGUCGGCGAUCUCGACACCGACGGCGACCUUGACGUCGCCCUCGCUUCGGACGGCGACCAGACCGUGGCCUGGUUUGCCAACGCCGAUGGUCGUGGUACCUUUGCGACCUCGCCGCGGGUGGUCACCACUGCAUACGCUGGCCCGCGCGACGUCGCCAUUGGCGACAUUGAUGGUGACGGUAAGGCCGACCUCGCCGCCGUCUUCCGCACGGCAGAUACCGUUGCCUGGUUUCCACACGCCGUCGUACCCGGCUCGUUUGCCGCUGGUCCGACAUCCAUCGCCACUGCUCUUGACGGCGUCGGCGCCGUCGUCCUAGGCGACCUCGAUGCUGACGGCGACCUCGACCUUGUCACCGCCUCGCCGGGCGAGCUGGGUGUCGCCUGGCGUGCCAACAUCGAUGGCGACGCAGUUGCUUGGUCCUCGCCGCGUUCCGUCGCACCGUCGCCUCCGGGCACGCAUGCACUCGCUCUGGCUGACCUCGACGCCGAUGGUGACCUAGAUUUGGUUCUCGGCUCAUCAGAGCCCGGGGCGGCCGCGCUCGGCUACGCGCUCAACGUCGAUGGCGUGGGCGGCUUUGCGCCUGUUGUCGCUCUUGCUUGGAGCGCCAACGCCACUGGUGGCCUCGCGCUCGCCGACUACGAUCUCGACGGCGAUGUUGACAUUGCCGUCUUUGACUCGUCGGGCACCACGCUUGUUGUCUUGCUCAACCGCGGAGGCGACGAUGGCUUUGGACCAGAGCUUGCUGUUGAUACGACCGGCUCGGACAUUGCCGCACUCGUCGCCGCAGACCUCAACAAUGACGCGCUGCCGGACCUUGUCGCUGCCCACGCUGGUGCAGGUGCGGUGUUGUGGUACGCGGCAAGCAACGGAGCCGGCCUCGCGUUUGUCGCUGCGGCCGUGGUAGCCAACACCGACGUCGCUGGUGCUUCUGCGCUUGCGAUCGGAGACGUAGACGGCAACGGCGCGCUUGACGUGAUUGUCGGCGCGACAACCGACACCACCAUUGCUUGGUACGCCAACGCUGGCAACGGGGCGUUUGCGCUUGGCGCCACCGUCGACGCUGGCGCCAGCGACGUCGCGGUCCUUGCCACUGCCGACCUCGACGCCGACGGCGAGCUCGACAUUGUGGCUGGACGUGGCGGCGUUGUCAACACCAUGGCCAUGUACGCCAACACCGGCAACGGUACGAGUUUUGCGGCGGCAUCGGUGCUGGUCGCCGGCGUGACGCAGCCGACUGCCGUGUUGGUCGCUGACAUCGACGGUGACGGCGACAGAGACCUUGUGUAUACCUCUGCCGGCGCCGACCUUGUUGCCUGGCUACCACAGACGUCGCGAACUGCCUUUGCCGACUAUCUCCCGCAGCAGCACGGGCUCGCGCGAGACGAUCCGGCGUGCGCUGUGACAUCGAGCUUUGCCUGCGUCACCGCGUCGCUCGGGCGACUCUCGCGCUGCGUCCGCGACACACUGGUCCUACCUACUGGCAGCUACGGGUGCCGGCGCGACGCGCACGCGCUCGUUACCCGUCCGAUAGCGGUGGCAUCGGCCGACUGCGCGGCACCGGCGGUGUUCAACUGCACGGCUCGUGGAGGUGGGGUGCUCUUCCGCGCGCUAGCGCAUCCUUCAGCUGGUGUGCCGACCGUGGGCGAUCUCGAGCUGCAGGGCGUGAGCUUGGUGCGACUCGGAACCGCACAGGUCUCGCCCUUUGGCGCACCAGGCCUGCGUGCCGAGGGCGCCGGCGCGCGGCUUGCUCUGGUGAACGCCUCUGUCAGUGACGCAACGUCGACGGUGCGACCGGGAGUCUUCUUCUUUGACGAGGGCAUCGGUGGCGCAGUGCUUGUCGAUGACGGCGCGACCUUUGUCUCGCACCGGACGCUCUGGGCGAGGUGCACGUCGUCGCGGUUCGGCGGCGCGGUGGCGCUUCGCCGGGCCGGAACGACGGCGGUCGUCUCCGACUCGGUCUUUACCAGCUGCGCGAGCGACGGGUCCGGUGGUGCGCUGGCGGUGCUGGCCGGCGUGGCGGUGUCUGCGAACAACACGCGGUUUGUGGGCAACAGCGCGGGCGUAGGCGGUGGCGCAGUGGCCUUGCUGGAGAUCGAGGCGACGCUUGUUGGGCGUGGCCUCGAGUUUGACGGAAACGUGGCUGCCGGUGGGCUCGAGGCCGGCGGUGGCGGCGGCGCGGUGGCUGUGGUCGGCUCGCGGACGGUGCUUGUGCUGGAGAGCGGAUCGCGGGUUGUGAACAACACAGCGAGUCGCGGAUGCGGCGGUGGCGUGCUUGUCCGUAGCUCGGCGUCGCAGGCGCGGGUCUCGCUGCUGGCAACCGCGCUGGUGGGCAAUGCAGCGGGCGUGGCUGGCGGAGCGGUAGCGACCCGCGCCGCGCCGCAGUCGGGCGCUAGCGUGGUGCUGGGCACCGGCAGCUCUGUGGCUCGCUCGCGGGCGACGUUUGGCGGCGCGCUUGCAGCUGUGAGCUCGGCGUAUCCGUGGCCGAGCUCGUCGUCGCUCGCGAGUGUGGCACGCGGCUUGGCGACGAGCGCAGUUCCGAGCAUUGCGUCGAUUGCGUUGGUUGACGGCGUAGAGGUCGGCGAGGCAGAAGCACCCUUUGGCAGUCUUGUGUUUGUCUGCGACGCGGUGAUUGAGCUCUCCGGGAGCGUGUUGGCGCCUCGCUCACCUAGUUCCGGCGGCAGCGCGUUGGCUUGCGCGGCGAGCGGGGUCAACGCGCCAGCGCCACCCAGCGGCUGGCUUGUCGAGUCCGGUAUCGGAGCGAGCUUGCUGCGCGUGACGCCGCCGACGGCGCUUGUCCCAGAUCCGGGUACAUUUCCACCAGCGACGGUCUCUGGCUCCCUGUUGGGGGCCGGAAGCAUGGGCGUGUUUGACAGCUAUGGCCAGCGAGUCCGCGACCAGACGCUGGUACUGUUCGCGACGUCAGCAACAGCUGGAGUCGAGGCGAACGGUCUGGAGACUGGGACCGCCGUCAGCAGCGUGACCGGGAGCGGGGGCCUCGGCGUGCUGCGACUGAGCGCACUGGCGGAGACAAUCGGGGACGCACGCGGCGGGCUGCCGAGUGCGAUCCAAGUACGACUCAGCGGAGCGGUCGGUAGUGAGCCGCCGACAGCGGCAGUGACGGUCAACGUCACGCUCUGCCCGAUCGGGUUUGGGGCGGUGUCUUCACCCGGGGCGGUACUCGAGUGCGGCGCGUGUUCGGACGGGUCGGCGUCGGCGACUGUGUCUGCCGAGCCGUGCGUGGCUGUUCCACCGUGCCCAGCAAACACGUUGCGGCUGGCCACGACCAACGCCACGGUGGUGGCGCCGUGUCUAUGUAAGGAGCGGUUCUGGAGCCCAUCGAAACAGGCUGAUGUGGAGUGCAUAGCGUGCCCGCGUGGCGGGCUGUGCGAUGGUGGGCUGGCGGCGCCUCGGGCUGCGCCCGGGUUCUUCCCCGACGCCACGGAUCCGGCGCUCUUUGUCUCGUGCCCGCGGGCAGAGGCGUGUUUGGGUGACGGGCUGUGUGCAUCGGGUUACCGUGCGCGGCUGUGUGCCGAGUGCGAGUCGGACUACUUUAAGCUGUCUGGCUCGUGUCGGCGGUGUCAGCCUGAGCGCAACGUGGCAAUUGUGUUGCUUCUCCUUGCGGGUGUGCUGAUGGUGACGACGGUCCUGCUGGGGUUCAAUCUCGCCGAGAGUUUGCGGUACAAGUUUGCAGCGGCGAUGAUCGGGCUCAAUGCGCUGCAGAUUUCUGCCAUCUACGGCUCGCUCGACUUUGACUGGGGUGAGCUGGCGACGCUGUACUUUGACAUUGCGUCUGCGGUGAACCUCAACGUAGAGCUGACGAGUCCCGAGUGCGCGUCGGCGUCGGGCACCGACGUCUGGGUUCUCAAGUGGGUGCUCACACUCCUGCUGCCUCUCUUUGCGGCGAUCGUGCUUGUGCCGGUCUGUGGCGUGUUUGCCGGGCUCAUUGUCGGCAACGUGUGGUGGCUUGGGAAGAAGAAUCUGGACCAGCUGCGCGGAGCGGCCGGGCGGACGCUCUUCCAGAUGAUUGUCUUGCUGUACUUGCCGCUGACAAGCGCGUCGCUGGCGCCGUUUGGCUGCCGCAAGGAGGAGACCGGGCGGUGGGUGCUCGACGCGGAUCCAGUGCGGAGCUGCUACAACGAGGCGUGGUGGGGCGGGUUGUUUGUGCCAGGUGUGUUGGCGACGGCUGUGUACGCGGUGGGGCUACCUGCGGGCGUGGCGAUUCUGCUCUCGCGGCGGCGGGCGGCGCUCGAUCCGAUCUCCUUUGUCCUCCGCUUCGGCUUUCUUGUGGGGCGGUUUGCCGACGAGGCGUGGUGGUUUGAGGUGGCGAUCAUGCUCCGCAAGCUCGGUGUUGUGGUCUGCAUGACAGCCUUUUUCUCGAGCGAGGGCAAAGCGUCUGCGGCGGUGCUUGUGCUUGUCGGCUCACUCGGGCAGCUGGUGUAUCUGCGGCCGUACCGGUCGACGCUGCACAACCGGUUGGCGGUGGUUGUUCUCGCUGCGGCAUCGCUCAUUCUGUACACCGGCAUGCUCGACGCGCGGACGCUGCGGAUGAUAGGAGUGACGAUCGGGGUCGUCACCAUUGUUGCGGCAAUUGUAGUCGGCAACGGGCUCGACCUCUACCUCAUGGCGCGGCGCGAGAAGGAGAUUGAGGAGGAUGAGUACUUCAGCUCGGGAACGUUUCACAUGCACGACGGCGGCGAAGUUGAGCUUGGUGGGCUCGGGAUGGUGCAUUCGAUCUCGGGCACCGAGCUCCAUAACAUGCAGGCGUCGAGCGUGGACAUUGGGUCGACGCUCUCGACCGCCCCGCUCGUCGAGUCGGCUGCGCCUGCUGCGGCCGGGAUGUUUGACUCGCCGCCGACCGAGCCCGAGCCGCCUCCGGCCCUGCUCUCGUUCAGGCUGCCGCCGCCGAUGCCGCAUUCGGUGACGUCUUUGGCGCAGCAGUUUGACUCGGUGGAUGCAAACAGGUCAAACAUCGCCACCGGCGGCUCAGUCUCGUCGACGCCGACGGCCACCGUGGCGAUGGCGACCCACGGCGCGCUCGGAACCAUCGAUCUCGAGUCUUGCGAGUCGGAGACGGCGCCGCUGUACUCGGUCACUGCUGGCGUGACCCACGCCGAGCUGUCGGAUGCCGGCGAGCUGUGCCGACCGCUCGACACGGGACCUACUGCAUUGGCGUCUGCCACCUCGUCAGGCGACUCGUCGUCAUCGGGCGCCGACACGCAGGCGUCGACAACAUGCGCGGCGACAACGUGCGGCUCGGUGACUGCGCCGUUUGCCCGCAACGACGGCAGCAAUGGCGAUUUGUGCAACGGUGGCAACAUGCGCAGUGAUGGCAAUGGUGGGGCCAGAGGUGGUAAUGCUGGUGGUGGCGACUCGUGGGAGUCGACCAACUCGGAUGAUUCGGGCGCAGGCACUGCUGUCGAGGUUGAUGAUAGUGAUGAUGAUGGCCGGAGAGGCAGUGUGGUGGACGUGGAGACGAUCGGUGGGAGCAACCAUGGCGGUGGCUCGGCUCCUGCGAGGCGGUUUACCGAGACUGGGACGCUGGUACUGGACGAUGUGGAUACCUCUUCGCGGCGGAAGAGAGCGAGGAGGAAGGGCCGGGCCAAGACGUAUGACGCAGGCGUGCCGUCGCCCAAGGCCGAGACGGCGACUGCGUCGUCGGGGCUGGGCUUUGGGCUUGGCACCAGCGACGCGAAUCGGAGCGGAUGGACCGAGUCUGGUACGCUUGUGGCCGCACGGUCGACGCUGGGCGAACCGCCUCGGGUCCGUGACGAGCAGGCUGCCAUCGACGCACUGAUGGCGCUGGACAAGGUCCAGCUCGCCGCCCGGGUGGUGGCGGCCGAGGCUCGGCUGAGCGAGGUACUCAUUCUAGUGGACAACAUGCGGGCGGAAAUGCUGGCGCGGCAGGGAAUCGACGCCGAGGACGCGCGGGCUCACACGGCGGGCGCGCCGCUUGCGCGAGCCAAGACCGACGUGGCGCUGAUGGGCAGCGACGAGACAGGAAGCCCCGAGCGCAGCGGGAGCUCCGCGCCUGUAACUCCGCGGAGCCCGACGUCGCCACAGGCGGCGACCGACGGCUUGCUUCCGGCAUCUGCAGCUGCUGCAGACUCGACGUACGCGUCGUGGCUACAGAAGCGCGACCCGAUCACCGGGCUCUGGUCACGGUUCUACGUUGUGUUCCACGGAGAGGAGCGAACGCUCUCGUACUAUGCGCACGAGAAGGCGCCGGUCCGGCUGGGGCGGUUUGUCUUUCAGGAGCUUCCGCUCAAGGUGGUGUACGGGGCCGAUGUGCUUGGCGAGCUCGACGAGGACAUCCCGUAUUGCUUUGGGCUCUCGUGCAACUCGCGCCUCUUGCAUGUGUUCUCGGCGGUGACCGGGGUGGAUUUGCUCAACUGGUGCGCGGCGCUGGGCCAGGUGUGCGCCGGGGUAGAGGCGAACGCAGUGGCGUUGCCGGGCACGGAAGCCGACACCGAGGCUGCGCUGAACGCGUUGGUGGCGUCUGUGUUCUUUCUCCGCCGGCGGGCGCAGUACCUGUCGACUGUGGCGCGCAAAGGCAAGCUGAUGUGGGGUCAACAGCUGGCGGUGUUGUACAACUUUCGGUUGUACUUUUUCGAGAGCGACGAGGACAUCAAGCCGAUUGAGUCGGUGUGUAUUGUCGGCUACUCGGUCAGGCCGCUCACUUCGGAACGAGCGCGGCCGAACUCGUUCCGCAUCUCGCACCCGGGCCUUCCCUCGUAUACACUCGCCGUUGACUCGCGGCGGAAGCUCGCCACCUGGGUCGGCGCCCUCACUUCUGCUGCCAAUCUCCAGCGGCAGUGGUUCAUUGAGGGCAACGAGGAGUUUGACCGGCGAGCGGCGCCGGCAACGUCCCAGGUCCAUGUCUCGAUCAAGCUCGACAAGGAGGUCAUCCGCAAGCCGUCGCGGCCGCGGGCGGCGACUGAUGCGCAGGCGGUGGCGGCGGCAGCGGCAGCCGACGGCCCGCUGCCCGACGAUGGGCAGGACGGCGGCGGGGCCGGUACCAGCAGCGAUGUGGCCGAUGGCCUUGCCAACGUCCGCUCGCGGCUCACCCGCGGGAGUUCGAUCUCGGAGCGGCGCAAGCGGCUGAUCCGGAGACGGUCGGCGGUCUCGCGGGCGCUUUCCAUCGCCGAGCUCAAGGACCGCAUGAGCUCCAAGCUGCUGGCGGCAUACAAGUUCCGCUCGUCGCUCUCCAUCGACGAUGUCGUCAACAUGCUCCGCGAGUUCCACGGCCUCCCGCUGCUGCGCGACGAGCGCAAGACCGGAUUCGAGACGCCGUCGGACGACGAGUACGAGUAUGCCACUGCGUCCGAUGACGACAGCUCGGGCGAUUCCGAUAACGGGACCAUGGUGCUCACCUCGACGCCGCGCUCGCCGGCAUGGUCGCCUCUGUCGAGUCCCGCGGCGGCCAGCACGGGCUCUGGCGGCAAGAGCAGCGACGGCGAUGCGUAA